CAUGUGCACUGCCUUGUCUGCGCAUACGCGCGCACAACUAGCCCUCCGUUCGUGACUGCACGUUUUCGGGAGGCGUCUGCACCAGCGAGAUAGCCCGUAGCAGCUCGCGCGGCCCUCGGCUGGGCCUGAGCCAAGGUCAGUGCAGUGAGCUGGUGAGGCUUGUUAUUCUCCGCCCCGGUGCGCGACGCCGCGGCGCCAAGGUUCGUAAACCAUGCGCCUCCUCACGAGCGGCCUCUACGUGACGAACCUCGUCAGCGCGGUACUCUGCGAGCGCCCGGUCGCGCGCUGGUCGAGAGCGGCAGCGAGGCGAGGCGUCAAGCCACGAAGGCAAGUCCGCUCCUGGGCCCUGCGCACGGACGGCGAGGUUCGAGGUGACGUCCUCGUAAGAAGAGCGCGGAACGACGACAUUCCUAGAAUACAAAGAUGCAACCGGGCCUCAUUACCGGAAAACUACAACGACGGGUUUUAUGCAAGACACAUCGCGGACUGGGGCCACCUGGCCUACGUCGCGGAGUGCGUUGAUGAUGCGGACGACCUCGCCGGCUACGUUUUAGGUAGGGUUAAUGAACGAGGAUCGGAGCUCCCGGCGCCGGUUACAGCGGCGUCGCGCACGCGGCCCGUCGACGGCCACGUCACGUCAUUAGCCGUGCACGCGAAGCACCGGAGAAGAGGCGUCGCGCGGGCGUUGAUGCGCCAAGUCCACAAAAACAUGGCGUUGGAGGUCGACUGCGCGAAGCUCCACGUGCGCUGUUCGAAUGCGCAGGCUCUCCAGCUCUACGCCGGCUUAGGGUAUGACGUCGUCGACGUCGUCCAGAGCUACUACCACGACGGCGAGGCGGCCUACCUCAUGCAGGCCGACGUGAAGAAGCUCGCGGCGGCCGACGCGGCCGAAGAUUCCGCUUCCGAGGAGGCGGUUCUCGCCGCCUGAUCGCCGCUCCCCUCUUCGUUAGUAUAUGUAUAAAGACAAGCAAUUU